GCUAGUUCGUGCAUUCCGAGUCCGCCUCUCGAUCCACCAUGUUGCGUUUGAUCUCGCUGCUGACUAUCGCCUCCUUGCUGGCGGUGGCCUCUGUCUCCGCGGAGAACGUCAACUUCCAGACCUGUGCCGAUAGUGUGGACACCUGCACCAUCCACCAGGUGAGCGUGGAUCCGUGUCCGGAGGCCAAGGCCAAUGCGGCUUGCCACAUCCGCCGCAGGCACAGGUUCACGAUGAGCUUCGACUUCACGCCCCACUUCGACGCCGACACCCUGGACGCCAGUCUGGGGUGGGCCAAGUCGGAGACGGUGGAGCUGCCCCUGCUCAGCAUGGAUCGCGAGGCCUGCAAGUACACCGCCUGCCCCGUGAGAACGGGGGCCAAGCAGACCUACACCAACAACAUGCUCGCCGAUGCCAGGUUCCCGCUGAGCCCCUACACCAUCCGCUGGGCCCUCAAGGACCCCGUCUCCCAGAAGCGCUGCUGCUUCACCAUCGACAUCAAGGUGGUGCGCUAAGAGAUCAGUGUUCCAACUAUUGUUUCGUUACUUUUUUCAUAUUUGUAAAAGAGGGAAAUAAAGUUUGUAUGUGACUGUAA